AUGUCUCUGAAAGAUAAAUGUUCUAAUCCAUUGGUCUGCCUAGUCAUAUUCCUAGUCGUCUUCGUGCUUGCUCUAUUGGCAACUGUUAUUGUUUUGAAAAUCGAUAGCGAGCCGAUAGUAAUUCAGAAGGAGCCUCUGGUGUCUCCAAAGGAAAAUGAUAAUGGUACUUCUCAAGCUAGGCCUUCUACUUUGAAACCGAGUGCCAGCGAUUCAGGAAAUGUUGAGGAAUUCAAAUCCAGCCCUGAUAUAGUUAUUGGAUCAGUUUCUACCACGGAGACACUAGUAACAGGAACUGAAUCGGUUGCUCCUGUGACUGUCAAACCAAAUAUUCCGACUUUGAAAUCUCGAAAUGUUUGUGAAACUCCGGAAUGUAUUACGUUGGCUCAUCAAUUGCUUAAUUGGCACGACCCGAGCAUUGAUCCAUGUGUAGACUUUUAUAAAUCGGCAUGCGGAAAGUACAAUGAGCAUACUGUAGUUGAAGGUACAAGGAACAAUAAAAAAUCUAUUAUUGUGCAGAAUUUGAUUGAAGAAUUUCUUCAAACUGAUAAGAAUCCCGCGACUAAAACGGAGAGAGCGUUCAAAUUGUUUUAUAAGAAAUGUGAAGAGUUGAAAGAUGACAAGGCGAUGAAAAGAAAUUCUAAACAAGCAUUAAAGGAUAUUUUUGGUGAUAUAAAAAGUUUUGGAUCAUGGCCACUGGCAGAGAAGAGAUGGAGCAAAUCGAAAUUUAAUUUGAAUGAUAUGCUUUCUAAUAUCGCUCGUUCGGGAGAACUGAAUUUUGGGUUGUUUCAAAUGGACACUAUGGGAAACAAACACUUCUCCAUCAGCCCAAUUUUCGAGCGACAACAGAAUGAGAAUCUGAAGGAAACUAUCAAAAGUAUUCUAACUGAAAAUGGAAUUAAAGUCACUGCCAAGACUUUAAAUGAUGACUUUCAAGAUUAUGAGGAUUUUAUAAAAGUACUCGAUCAGCAUGACUAUAUCGAUGAAGACGAGAACUUAGACCUUUCUGAUCUAGAAGAGAAAAUUCCAAGUAUAGAUUUUGGAAGGAUCAUUGAAAACUUGGUGAAUCCGAAGAAGAAAACGAAUACAACUUUUUUGAAGAAAAUUGAAGAUAUGACAUAUCCGACGGAUCAAUUAUUAUUUUUUGAUAAGAAGAAAAAUCUCGAAAAAAUCUUGAAAAAAACGUCUGCAAGAACAUUGGCUAAUUUUCUAAUCUUCCAUUUCAUCAACCUCUCCUCUCAAGACCUUUCCAUCUACCCCACUGAUAUUAAGAGCACAGAUUGUGCAGAGACUGCUAUAAAUUCUCUCAAUGAAGCUGCUCUUUCAGCUUUUAUAAAUAACCAUUUUGAUAAAGAGAAUCUGGAAAUUGUAUCUGAAAUGGUGGAGGAAACGAAGGAGAAUUUUAUCGAAAUGAUUCAAGAAUCCACGUGGCUUCAUGAAGAAACCAAAAAAGCUGCGAUUCUGAAAGUUGAGAAAAUAAAGAAGACAAUUGGAUAUCCGAAGGAAUUCAAAGUGCCUGGAUCGUUGGAUAAGGCGUUCAAAAAUGUAUGUACACAUAUUAGCUCGGCACUGUGCUUACAACUGCGCUCCGCCGAAAUUUCCUUGAGAAAUGUCUCAUAUUCUCUGAAUCUCUAG